AUGCGAUCUUCGGAUGGAGAGUUUGUACCCACGAAUAAUGUCACCAGUUCUGUAUGCAAGGGAACACCAUAUUCGUUUCAAGAACUGAAGUCGUUAAAUAUAAGUGGUGCUCAACUCUUUGACUGGUCUACUCCUGUUGAUAUAAUUAAUGAUUAUGAACAAUAUCUGAUGAGUUCUCUCGACAGUGACAGUACACGAAUGUAUUGUAACUGCACUGAUCAACGAUAUUUUGGAACACGAUGUCAGUAUACAUUUCGUGCUGAACAUGGAGCAUUCAGAGAAAUAAUUGAUAAACAGUUUUCGAUGAAAUAUCUUCGAAAUUACUCGGAUGUAUUUGAAGCUGAUAUGACAUGUUACAGUCGUAUUCAGUGCAACAGUACUUUAGUAUGCUUGGAUUGGAGGCAAAUUUGUAACGGUUUGUACGAUUGCGAUGAUGGCAGUGACGAAGAAAAUUGUUUUGCGUUAGAGAUGAAUGAAUGUGAUGAUGAAACGCAAUUUCGAUGUCGAAAUGGUAUGUGUAUACCGAAGAGUUUUUCAUUUGAUCUUGUUUUUGAUUGCGCCGAUCAUUCUGACGAACAAAUAUUAGACAGUUGGUUUGAUAAUUGCUAUCGAAACCCACUUGUCGAAUGUGAGGAAUAUAAUUGUGGGUGGCUAAAAUAUUCUUGUGGAGACGGUCAGUGUAUAAACACUUUUACCGGCAUAUGUGGAAGCGGACGGGACGUUCCCAUUUACAGAAACUGGUUGCAAGUUAAAAAUGAUUCAUCCGAACAAACAAUAAAGUGUUGGAAGUACAUGUUAUGUCAAAUGAAGUCCAUUCACUGGUACAACUAUUCAAAGCAAGACUGUAUUCAAUGGUGUUUGAAUCCAGAGGGAAAUUGUGCAUCGCACUUGAGCCGCUUAUGUAACGAUACAAUAUUUUUUCCACCAAAUUCUGUUCUGUAUCCUUCUGUUCACUUUUUGUACAAAACAAAUAAAUCUGAUUGGGAUUUGGAUAAACUGCCAGAUUAUAUUUGUUUCAAUGAGACUAUGUGUGGAACAUAUUCAGGAACGUUUUUUAUUGAUGGCCUUGUUUGUAACAGAACAAAAGAUUUUAUUGUGUAUUAUGUCGAUGGUUGGUCUGAUUUGAUUGAUCAAUUACAAUUAAUAUUUUCUGCUUGUUCACAACCCAGUGAAAAGUGCUCCCCAAACAUGUUUCUUUGCGAUAUUUCCAAUAAAUGCGUGUCAAAACAUCGUAUACAAGACGGAUUUACUGACUGUUAUUUCCAGAUCGAUGAGAGAUAUAGCGGUGAGUGCUUGGUGAAUUCAUCAAAUCGAUUCACUUGUUUAUAUAGCGGUCAAUGCAUUUUACGAAGAUAUCUACGUGAUGACCUCUACCACUGUGAGGAUAGAUCAGAUGAACACUAUGAGGGGCUUUGCAGAGCUGUCGAUAGUACAGGUUGUAGAUAUCUGCAGGGUGUGUAUCAGCCACCCAUCGGUAUUAGUUUUCAUGAAAUUUGCAACGGUAUCCAUUUAAGUAAUCGUUUUCACAUUGAUAAUGAUACAGACGAAACGAAUUGUGAACAAUGGCCAUGUGAAACAGCAUAUACACGAUGUGAUUACGUAUGGAAUUGCCCAAAUGGACUGGAUGAACUUGAUUGUGGUACUGAGACAAUUCAAGGCAUUAUCACAUACCAUGUGGCAAAAUGUGAGACGAAUGAACAUUAUUGUCUUCGCAUAAAUGAUACGAGUAUGAGUUGUUUGCCUCUAGCACAAGCAAACGACAAAAUAAUUGAUUGUGCAGGAGCAUCGGAUGAGCGAGGAAACUACUGCGUUGAUGAAAUUGAGAAAUACAAAUGUUUGAACAGCAGAAAAUGUGUUGAUACGGCGAAGGCUCUAUGCGAUGGUUAUAACGACUGUCCAAACGAAGAUGACGAAGAUCUGUGUCCAUGGAGAAAACAUUCGAAUUGUUUACGAAAUGAGUUUGCAUGCAAAAACAAAUGUAUCCCGAGUAGAUGGCGCUGUGACAAUGAGAUACACUGUCUACCAGAAGGCGAAGACGAAUGGUUAUGUGACUUGGCCAAUAUUCUAAACUCCAAAACUAUAUAUGAUAACAGCAUCACUUAUCCAUCUGGUCUUACGGAUAAUAGACAAUCAGUGUCUCUUGUGCAAACAAAACUUCUGAGUUCAAACUUCGGACAGUUACCUCCUGAUCAGUUAGCUUUUUAUUGUCAUCGAGGAAUAUUAAUUCAAACAAAUGAAUAUCCAUAUAGGCAAUGCCUUUGCCCCGCUUCUUAUUACGGUGACCGGUGUGAAUAUCAGUCUGAACGAAUAGUAGUAUUUCUUGAAGUAAAAACACCCAUUUCGUUGCCUCGUCUUACAGUUUUCAGGCUGUUCAUCUAUUUGGUCGAUAAAAGUGAUACGCUCAUCGGAUUUGAAGAAAUAGUUCAUAUGCCAUUUCUAGAGUCAGCGACAAAGCAUAUUUUCUACUUGCUGCCAUCAUUACCAAAUGCUGGCGAUUAUUUUGUAAGAAUCGACGCUUAUUCAGUAUCUGACAGUGAAGUGAAAUUUUCUGCCUCGUGGUACUUUGACGUGCAGUUUUCGUUUUUGCCUGUUAAUCGUUUAACAAUCGACCUUUUCAUUAACAAAAUCAAACCGCCUAACGCUUGUUCUAAUUGCUCGUUUCAUGGGCUUUGUGUUACUUAUGAAAAUUUUCCAAAAUCCUUUUGUUUGUGCGAGAAGGACUGGAAAAGCCCACAGUGCAACGAAAUGAUAAAUUCUGAAACGACAAUGUGUAAUAAAGGCGCUAAAUAUGUUCAGUCGUUCAAUGUUUCCAAAUGUGUUUGUCCACUCGGUAAAGCAGGGUCUAAUUGUUAUGCUUCUUUUAAUCCAUGUCAACAUGCACCGUGCAAGCAUAAUGGAACAUGUAUUCCAUUUGACCAAAGAACCAUUCACUUUCGAUGUAUUUGCAUCAAUGGUUAUUUUGGAGAUCAGUGUCAGAAUUAUUCUUCUCGAUUAGGUAUAAUUGUGAACGAUGUUCUGUAUGAUGAUUCUUACCAGAAAAAGAUGCCAGCUUUGAUCGUACAUUUUGUUGCCACGAGUAUUGAAUUAUUCGGAAUCGCAGAUCGCGUAAAGUACGUCUUGUUCAAAAGUGUUCCAUUUUCAACAAGACUCGAAAUAUUAGAUGAAACAUCCGAAACAUUGCCGACAUUUGCAUUUGUACAAUUGUUUCCUAAUGCAAGUCAUGCAAAUGGCCUCUAUUAUCUCGUACUAUCCCUGGGUUGGAAAUCAAUACGGAGCGUUAGCACAAAUUUGAUUUCGGACAAUUAUUGUCCAAAUGUUCGAGAAUUAUUGAAUGAAACGGUUCUCUUAUAUCCUAUGUUAAAACGCGUUAAAUUUUAUAACAGAAUUUGUAAUGGAACUAGGCCGAUAUGUUUCUAUGAUGAGACGUACAUGUGCUUUUGUACAACAAUUGUUGAUCGCCCUGAUUGUAUAAUAUUUGAUCAUUUAUCAACUAGUUGUACUGAUGGUAGUUAUUUUUGCCAGAACAAUGGUCUUUGUAUUCAGGCGUUACAAAAACGGCGAGGAAGACCACUGUGUAACAUAUCUGAGAGCAGAGAGGUAUUGAAGGAGGCGAUGUUCAUACCAACUAAUUAA